GAGAGAGAGCGAAAGAGAGAGAGUGAAAGAGAGAGCCUGUGUGUUACAGAGGGAUACAGAGAAGGAAGAUAUUGUGUGUGUGUGGCCAAGGAAAAGGCAGGGUGUGUAAGAGUGAGAGAGGAUAGAAGCAAAAGGUUUGAGAAAGACUAGUUUACUAGAGGGAGAAGUGUCAGCAAGAGGAAUAAAGGGUACAAAGAAAAAUAGGAAUACAGAAAGGGAGAGGGAGAGAGGGACAGAAACAAAAGUCAUAGCAGCUGCUUCAGACCAUCAGAGAACUGAGCCAAAGGGAACAGGAGAGAGUUUCUGCGCCAUGGGCAAAUCAGCUUCUAAGCAGUUUUCGGAGGAGGUGUUGCAGAGUCAUAACGAGUAUCGUAGGAAGCACCAGGCGCCCCCUCUGAAGCUGAGCAGCAAGCUGAGUAGAGAUGCCACUAGGUAUGCUGAGUCUCUGGCCAGCACACGGAUCCUGAAGCACAGUGUUGAGUCCAGCAGGGGGAGCUGUGGCGAGAACCUGGCCUGGGCCUCCUAUGACCAACCAGGGAAGGAUGUGGCCGACCGCUGGUAUGACGAGGUAAAACAAUACAACUUCAACCGCCCCGGCUUCUCCUCUGGCACAGGUCAUUUCACAGCAAUGGUGUGGAAGGGCAGUAAGAAGCUGGGUGUGGGGAAGGCCAGUGCGCCAGAUGGCUCGUCAUUUGUGGUAGCCAGGUACUUUCCAGCAGGGAACAUCACCAACCAGGGACACUUUGACAACAACGUCCUGCCGCCCAAGGACUGAGGAACAUACUGACCCAUCACCCCCAUCCCCCAGGAGCUGACCAUCCAAAAGACAUUUGCACUUUGACUUGUGUCCUUGACUUUAUAUACAGUGGCAAGAAAAAGUAUGUGAACCCUUUGGAAUUACCUGGAUUUCUGCAUAAAUUGGUCAUCAA